CUUAUAGAAUAAUGAAAUCAAGGUCUAAAGCUUUACUGGGUUGAGAGGCAGAUAACCCAUGAUUUUGAUGCGAAUUUCGGGCGUAAUUCGACCAAAGUUUCACGAAAAGAUUUCAGAUUACGAUGUCCGGACCUGUAGAGCGAUGGCUGGAGACGUUUAUGUGCAAACAAUACGCCGAAACAUUUGAAAAGUGUGGUUACAAAACGCUAUCGUCGGUUUGUCAACUGGAUAGGCAUACAUUGCGGUCCAUGGGAGUUCUUGAAGAACACUGCGACAAUAUAAUCGAAAAUGUAUCUGUACUGAGACAAACCAUAGUGGGUAAAGCCAAUCUGGAUAAACAAGCAGGUUCAUCAUCAUCUUUACCACCUUUCCAAAAUUUCUCUGGUAUGCCGGCCCGCCCACCCGGGCAUCAGUUUUUCUCCGAAAACCAGCCAUACAACCGAGGAGAAUUCCCACAUGGUCAGAUGAGCACACCAAAUCCACCAGGAAGUGGUGACGUGAGCCAUGGGAUGAGCCAAGUACAGCCUGGUCAUUGGCAGCAGCAGCAACAGCAACAACAAUCACAGAGAGCUCAUACUGUGCAGCAUUUACCACAUAGUCCCCCUGGACAGUCACCGACAUCACAUAUGCCACCACCACAGCCGUUCCCAUCGGACCAGUAUGGUCAGUAUGACUCCCAUGUGGCCCAACCACCACCACCGCCAUCUCAACAACAGCAGCAGCAGCAGCAGCAACAGUCGCAGUAUUAUACCCAACAACAGCAGUACAUGGCACAGCAACAAAAUAUACAUCCUGGCUAUAGAGAUCAGCAACCACCAUCAAUGGUCAGUCAAUAUCCUCCCCACCAGUACUAUUCACAAGAUGACCAAUAUCAGUAUGGACCACAUUAUCAAGGUGGCAACUAUGGUCCAGGUUAUCCUCCCCAAAACAGUAUGGGUUACAAUCAGAAUUAUAAUAUGGCUAGUCCUGGACAGAUGCAUACUGUUCGAGGUUAUAAUCAGUCACAGACAGUAGGCACAAGUCCUCCACAACAACAACCUAGUGGUGCGAGUAGGUAUCGUAGCAUGGUACCCAGUCCUAGCCAUUCUACAUCACCAAGUAUGAUGCAAUCAUCUAGUGUUUAUCAACAGCAGCAGCAUCAAAAUGCCAUUGGGCAUGGAAUCACUGGUGGUAACAACAAUCGCAAUCCACACUAUGUGUAUUCAAAUUCACCGCUUGGUCAGCCAGGUAGCCAUCCAUCUCCAGUCCCUUCUCCCGCUACAAGUAUAAGGUCACCAGUAAGCAUCCAUAGUCCCAACUCUGUUCCUUCAAGAUCCCCAGCACCAAGUCCCAUUACAGUUCGUUCUCCACUUUGUGGCAUGGUGCAAAGUCCAGCAGCUCUGCCAUCUCCUGGAAGUUCUAAUGGCUCUGUGAAAUCACCUUUAUCAGUGCCACAGAAAUCUCCUAAUAACUGGCAGCAGCCAGUUUCUCCUGUUGGAAACCAGACAUCAUACAAAUCAGUUCCGCAUCACCAAAUACCCAACGGUCCUUAUGUCAACCCUAAUGGGCAACAAAUUAGUCCAACACAACAUGACAGCCUGCAAAAUAAAGGAGCAUUGCCAAGACUUGAAGAGAUGGUUGCUUUUUUAGGUGAACCGAAAAGUAAAGGACCUGCUGCCCAAAAUUCCAAAGAGGAUGAUGGGAACAGCCCCAAACCAGUUGAUCAAGUUGAUGGCAAUCAACAUGAAAAGGGUGGUAAUAAAGGAGGUAGAGAUUCCAACGUGAAUACUGAUGAUAAGUUAAAUGAUGGUGAGAAAAGGAGGGUGCAGAGCCAUGUUGAGGGUCAGAGCAGAAAAAGAACUAUUGAGGAGUGCGAAUGUUCUGCAGGUACUGAAGGAUUAAAGAAGAAUAAAGUUGAAUCACAAGACUCUAAAAAAGAUGAUGAAAAAACAGUUGAGAAUGUGAAAAAGAAUGAUAAUGGAAAUAAAGAUAAACCUGAUGUAAUAGUUCAGCGAAGGGCAAAUCGAGGGAUGGGAGGAAGUCGAGCAUUCUUGAAGAGGAUCAAGUCGGAUGUUUCAGACACAAAUUCCAAGAAAUGUGAGGACUCUGAAAAUCACAGCAAAGAUAAAUGUAAUGAAACUGCCAAUGAAAAACAAAAAAAUCACAACGUAUCUCCCAAGUCAAAUGCUUCUAACCAAGAACAAAAAAAGCUUGCUUGUGAUGCACAAGAAAAAAACUGCAUAGACAUCAUAGAAUCGGGAAAAAGUUGUGUUAAGAUAGUGUUAACAAAAGAGGAUUUAAUUAAAGAUGGUCAUCAGGGAAGCAUUAUUCAUAACAGAAUGAGAUCUCCUUUGAAAAAAGUUCCUAAAAAUGGGAAAAGUAUAAUACCAAUUUCUGUUGACUGUUCUGGGGAAGGCCAGCAAAUAACUGUGAGUAGAGAGACAUGUUUCAUAGAGGAGCAUGAGAUAGAGGCUGCAGAAAGCCUUGUAGAACAUGUUAUGACAAAUGAUAACAGAGUAGCAAACCGAAGACAUUUUUGUGUGAAUGAGAAAAGUCCUAAGGGGAAAGCGAAGGCUAUUGGUAAUUGUGGAACAGAACAUGGUUGCCCUGGUGAUAGUGAUGAUAAUGAGAAAGAUGUGAACAAGAAAAAUUCAUUAACAUCUAGUAGACAUAAACAAAAUUCAAAAACUGUCAAACAUGAUCUGAAUGAUGAUACCGGGGAUAAUGGAGACUCUGAUAGAAAUCCUAAACUUUCAAUAUCUAACAUUAAACAAGAGACGACUGUUUUUGAAUCUGAUAGCAGCAGUGGGUCUUCGAUAGAUCUGCUGUGUCGGGAAUCAGAUUUUGGUUCUUCUGAUAGUCGGUCAGGAUCACCAAAUAUAGCCCUUGAAAAGAGUGUACAGCCAACACAUGACAUUAACAUCUAUUCUAGAUUUUUGGAUUUGCCAACCAAAACUAAGUCAAAAUUAGAUAAAUCUUUGAACAAGGAUGGUGCUUCCAGGAAAAUUGAUGGGUCAGUUUAUCAAAGAUCAAAGUCAAAAAGUUGCAAUCCAAUUUUGACUCCUGUUCUAAGAAAACUACAAAGGAAACAGUGUAUGUCAAAUAUAAGGUCAGAUGAAGAGAUCAUGGAUGAGGGAGAAAAGUGGAAACUGGGUGAAAAAAGUGAGAAAUUAAGUCAGGGAACAAAUAAUAUUAAACGUAGUGUCAAAAAAGAGGUAAACUUAGAAGUACCAAUGAAGACAAGAGAAUCGCUAGAUGAUAGGAACAAUAUUGUCAUGAAUGCAGAUGAUAAGUCUGUGUGUGUGGAAAGUGAUAGGCAUAUAAAUGAGAAUACCUCGACUCAGGAUACCACUACAAGGGUGAGCCUUAAAGAGGAGUCUUGGGACACUCGAGAACAAACACAUGAUGACACUACAACUGAUCAUCCACCAAAGAAAAAACGAGGCCGCCCACUUGGCAGUAAAAACAAAAUAAAGACUGAGAGAGGUGCAAAGCGAAAAUCUGCGAAACAUGAGUUUAGUGACAAGGUGGAUGAGACACCCAAAAGAGGGCGUAAAAAGAAACAUGGUCUGGAUAUACCACGUAGAUUGCAAGGGCCACUAAUUCGUAUACGUGGUUCAGAGGAAAGGACUCUUUCUCUCACUGUUGUUAAUAAUCCAAUGGCAGAAGCAAUGGAGAAAAUUCUUGCAAGUAAAAAGAAAAACAAAACACAAGUGCUUUCAUCUGCAGUGAACAAUGACAGACCAGCUUUGUUGAAACCAACCUCACCUCCAGUGGUGUCCUCGAACACCAUUUUUACAUAUGGUGGACCAUGGCAUUGUGCAUUUUGUGGUAAAAUUUCCAGUUAUGAUACUUUAGGAGAUCUCUAUGGACCAUAUUAUCCCCCAGGCCAUAAACUUCCCAAAGUUGAGCCUAAAACACCUUUGGAUACUUUAACUGUGGACACUGGAUCAACCAAAAAAAGGAGGAGCAGGUCACGGUCACGAUCUGAAGACAGUGCUGCACUAUCACCUCCUCUGAGUUCAAGAGGUAGAACAAAAAGUGGAGACAAGAGAAUUGGCAAGCCUCCUAAAUGGUUGUCUGAUUCACAACUUUCUGUGGUAUAUCCAACGAUGCCUAAGCCUGACAAGGGAAAAUCAUCUGCUCGGGGAAAAGGGAGCAAGAAAAUGGUGUCACCAUUGCCAUCACCAGCAGGGUCAAGUAAAUGUUGUAAAAGUGAUUCUGAUGAGAUGUGGGUUCAUGAAGACUGUUCGGUUUGGGCUGAUGGAGUGUACAUGGCAGGACCUAAUAUGUAUGGUUUGCAUGAUGCUGUCAGGGUGGCCAAACAAAUGACGUGUUGUUCUUGUCAGCAAAAAGGUGCCUCACUUGGAUGUAUGACGAAAGGUUGUGAAGAAAAAUAUCACUAUUUAUGUGCAGUUCAUGAAGGUUGUCAACUUCAAGAAGAAAAUUUCUCAAUGCUUUGUCCCAAACAUAAGAAUAAAACAAUAAAGAUGAAAGACUUAAGCUAGAUCCACU